UGCUGUGAGUUUGGAAAAUGACCGACCCUACCGCAGGACUAUUUUGCAAUUUCGAUAGAUUUAUUUAUGUUGUUAUGUAACGGGAAAAUAACGGGGGAGUUGGCGGUUGUGUAUUCUAUAGUAGACGAUGAGUGAUUUUGUGUACAGAAUCAGCACGGCGAAGGAAUGGGAGGAAUUGCAAAGAAAUGGGUCCACUUUCGGUGGUGAACUUGACAAGUCUUCUUCUUUCAUCCAUCUUAGCAAACUCGAACAGGUUCGAUCAACGUUGGAUAAUUUUUUCUUGAAUUCUAAAGAUGAACUCUACCUUCUUCAGAUUGAUGCUAAGAAGCUUGGCGAUGGUUUGGUGUAUGAAAUUGUGGACGGUUCAAAUAGUUUCCCUCAUUUUUAUGGGCCAUCUCGAAGCUUUAUCCCUCUCCCUCUAGAUGUGGUCACAAAAGCGGAGGAGCUGUCUCUUUCAAAUGGUCGGUUCAGUUGUAGUUUGCUUGAUUAAGUAGUCUGUUGAUUAGCUGUCUAUCAUUUUCUUGUUUUCUCAUACUUUCUCAUGAUGUGUGUGUAAGGAGCAUGGAUGUUAGUUCUAUGCAACUGUCUAACAGACAAACCUUGAUCAUCUUUUCUUAAUGAAGGAGAUAGAAUGUUGAGUUAUUGACAUGCUACUGUUGGAGUUUUAAGUUUCUGGAUAACCAAUGAUUAUAUUAUACUAUUUUUACAUAUCUCAAAUUCUCAA